CAUCCGGGUGUUUGUGGUUCCCGAUUGGCGACCUGUCGCCAUAAGCCUGAGUUUAUUUUGCUUCAAUAAAAUUUGGGUAAAAACCCAUUCAAUCACCCGUUUUCCUCUUUAGGAGAGCGGUUAACGCCUUGUGGGGCGCAACACUUCCCGCUUCAAGAAAAAACUGCGCGUUUCAAGGGGCGAGGCCCCGCUUUUUGGGCACCUAUUUUUUUGUGUUAGCACAGCUUGUUUUUACUGAGACAUUUGGAUUGUGUCUCUCAGUUUUCUCUCGGUUUGUUUGUGGUCAAUAUGUCGCCGUAAUGGGGUCUCCGCGUUUGACAGAAAUGAACAAGGGCCUUCGUCGCCUGACCCGCGCCAGCAACAACCCGUUGUUUUUCACUUUUACCCUGUUUCAUGCGAGAGAGCUCGGAGACUCUCUCCCCAGAGUUCGGCCUCAACAUGGAGAAAAAUCCAAACACCAACAACAGCAGCAGUACGAAGAUCCCGCCUCGCUCCAGCUCUAUAGGCCCGACUCCUGCAGACACUAAAACCAAAACAGAUGGCAAGAAUAAUGGGGGCUCAAAGCGCUAUAACCGCAAACGUGAGCCCUCUUUUCCCAAGGCUGAGAGCUUUUCAGGCCCUCGGCGUUCCCAGCCACAAAAAAGCAAGAAUUUUGACAAGAGACCCCCUCAGAGAGGUGGCGGUGGGGGUCGACAGUAUGGUCUCGCUGGAGGUGGGAGAAGAGAAGAGGUAGCAGAGACCUGCCGGGCAGAGUUUAGCCCAGCUCAGUUUGCUGGACCUAAAAAGAUUAGUCUGAACCACCUGCUCAACUUCACGUUUGAGCCACGAGGAGGUCAUUUUGGCUCCGGAGGCGAUGGCCAUUCCUGCUGGGGUCGUCGCAACAAGUGGGGUCACAAACACAAGCCCUUCAACAAGGAGCUUUUCCUACAGGCCAAUUGCCAGUUUGUGGUAAUUGAUGAUCAGGACUAUCAGGCCCACUUCACUGAUCCAGACACACUGGUGGACUGGGACUGUGUGCAGCAAGUGCGCAUCAACAGUCAUGAGGUGCCGUCAUGUCCGAUCUGCCUGUAUCCCCCCGUGGCGGCCCAUAUCACACGCUGCGGCCACAUCUAUUGUUGGCCGUGUAUGCUGCACUACCUCUCUUUGAGUGAGAAGAGUUGGUCCAAGUGCCCCAUUUGUUAUGAGGCCGUACACAGUGUUGACCUCAAGAGUGUGGUUGCCAUGGAGACCCAUCAGUAUGUGACCGGUGAUAUAAUCACCAUGUGUCUGAUGCGGAGAGAGAAAGGAACGCUGGUGGCUCUUCCCAGCUCUCAAUGGGUUAAAGUGGAGGAGCCCAUUCAUUUUGGAGAUGUACAUUUGAGCUCAUACUCUAAGCUGCUGCUGGCGUCUCGGGAGCAGGUUUUGGGUUUGCUGGCUGAAGAGAGGGUUGCUCUCCAAACACAAUUCAACCAAGAGAAAGACGACCCACAGGCCUGUUUCAUACAAAGCGCCUUAUUGCAGCUGCAGGAGCGAGAGGAGGGUCUGCUGAAGUGUCGCAAUAAGAAUAGAGGCUCUGUUGAUGAGCUAGACAUGAGGAAACUGUCUCUUACUGAGCACUCCUCUCCAGAGGUCACACUGGUCAAGAGCUUCACUAACUCUAAGCCCAUUAUACAGUAUGCAUCAGCAUUUGAUGAUGAGAUUCAGGAGCUCCACGAGGAGCCAGUGGAAGAGACACCUGCUCAGAAUGUUCCUGAGGUAGAUGAAGAGAUUCCUGAAGAACCAGUGGAUGACUACCCUGUGGAAGAGACCAAUCAGACCAGUCAGAAUGAGAUGGGCCCAAUGCAGAACUCUCAUCAUGGCCCAUUUUACUACUUCUAUCAAGCUGAGGACGGUCAGCAGAUGUUUCUGCACCCAGUGAAUGUUCGCUGUCUGCAGAGAGAGUAUGGAAGCCUAGAGAAUAGCCCCCAGUCUAUAACUGCUACUGUAGUGGAGAUUGAUGGACAGACUGUCACUGAGGAUAUUCGUCGUCGGCAUCGUUACCUCUCUCACCUGCCCCUCACGUGUGAGUUCAGCCUCUGUGAGCUAAAUCUUCAGCCACCGAUUCUCUCAAAAGAGACCCUGGACAGCUUCUCAGAUGACUUGGAGAAGCGGAAGCGUCUGAGGCUAAAGAAAGUGAGGGAUGAAAAGAGAAGAGAGAAGAGGAUUGAGAUGGAGGAAAACAGAAAACAGGGCAAAUAUCCAGAUGUGCAUAUUGGGCUGGAGAACCUCCAGCAGUUUCCUGCUUUUGGAUCCCCUCCUCAGAACAGCCCAAGAUAUCAGCCCCCAGAGUUCCUACUGGGACCCCCCUCACCUCUGAGCAACAGCCCAUCCUCUGAUGGAGUGAUGUUCCCUUAUCUGAGUCAGCACAGUCCCUGUCUCAGUGUAGCCAGUGUGGAAGAGGACUCUCACUGCAUGUCCUUUGCUCAGAUGCUGAAAGAUGGGAAAGCCCGUGUGGAUGCUGGGCCUAAAACCACCACAAAAAAAAUGAGUGCAGACAUGUUCCUGGCCCCUCCAUCAGUAGACAGUGAUGGAGAGAGUGACGGCUCUGAUCGAGAUCGAGUCCCAGUACCCUGUUUCCAGAACUCUUUCAGUCAGGCCUUUGAGGAGGCUUUGUCGCAGCUGGAUCAUGGAAAUCGAACCCCAGCACACACUUUUCCCAUCCCUGAGGAGAAAGGGGGGAAGAAAAAAAAGAAAAAGCAGAAGCUUCUGUUCAGCACCUCUAUGGUUCACACCAAGUAAACGGCACUGAAAUUCACCCUUGACUCCUAUCACUGUCUUCUGUCUUAUUCCUUCCCAUCUGCUUUUUAUGUUUCGUUAUGUCCCUCAAUAGACCUUAUUCACAGUGGUGUUAUUUUUGAUGUGAAUGAAAACUAGGCUGCGAGGGAUAGACAGUCGCAUAAAUGACAUCCAGUGUAUAAAGCUCCUAGAUCACGUCUAAUUUUCCACAUCUCAAGUUUUCUGGUCAAUUGAAAUGUUUUUGGGAAGAUGUUUUAUCUUUUUUUUUUUUUUUUGUCAGUGAAAAUGCACUGAACCACAGUAUAACCCUUUAAGAGACUGUUUGUCUAUCCCUCACAGCCCCGUUAUCAUUCCCAUUAAAAAUGUAAAGAUGGCACUACUGUAAACGAGGUCAAUAGCAGCUCAAAAUUAGAUGGCAACAGUGAGUGUGCAUGCCAUUGACUCAGUAUUAUAGAUCAAUCCCCAAAGUUGUCCUAACUCUAAAGUAACCAUUUAAAGAUUCUACAUCUAGUGACAUUUGACAUGGCACUGUAAUUUUUGUGGCCAAAUUCCAUCAGUUAACAUUUUCUGGAAUAUGAAUGGAGAAAUCAUGGGUAGUUGUUGGUUAUGGGCUGCUAUGAUAUACUUU